GUCUCAUCAGAGGUCCUGCCGCUUAAAUCCUCCGCCUGGCCAACUACAUUGGCAGCAAAGCAAUGGCGACUGAACGUAGUUUCCCAGACAGCCACAUUGACGACGACCCACAGCAAUCACUUGAGGGACUGAACGAGGCCUUGCAAGGAGACUCUGACAAUGCAGAGUUGUUGUGCCAGCGUGCCUAUGCCUACACACUUCUCAACAACUACAGUUGCGCUGUUGAUGAUGCCAAGAAAGCCCAGCAGCUAAAUCCAGGCCUCCCCCUUGCUUUCAUGCGAACAGGAAUAGCAGAGUACCACCUGAGCCAAUAUGAGUCAGCCCAUGCAGCCUUCACUCAAGGAUACCAACUGGAUGGUUCUGAAAAAACGUUUGAGAUUUGGAUCAAGCGAUGCGAGGAAAUGUUGGAUGAGAAGACGCAGGACAGCAGCAUCGACACGAAGCCAGCAGGGCCGAAUGUGAAAUAUGACUGGUACCAAACAGAAUCCCAAGUCAUUGUCACAGUUAUGGCGAAAAAUGUUCCAAAGGACGGAGUGUCUGUGAAAUUCUUGGAACAAGAGCUCUCAGCCUCAAUUGGGCUCGCGUCUGGGGAAAACUAUGACCUCAACCUCCGACUUCUGCAUCCCAUCGUCCCACAACAGAGCAACUUCAGGGUCCUCGCCACUAAGGUGGAGAUGAAGAUGAAGAAGACCGAGGCCAUCCGAUGGGAGAAUCUGGAGGGAGAGGGACAGGAAUCCAACAUCAAACACUUCAAUCCCAACGAGUACCCGACAUCGUCCCAACACGGCCGCAAAUGGGACAAAAUCGUGGGGGACAUUAGCGAGGAGGAGAAGAACGAGAAGCUGGAGGGAGACGCUGCCCUCAACAAGGUCUUCCAGCAGAUCUACACCGAUGGUUCAGACGAGAUCAGACGUGCCAUGAACAAGUCUUUUACGGAGUCACAUGGCACGGUCCUGAGCACCAACUGGAAAGAUGUGGGCAAGAGAAAAGUGGAUCCAAGCCCGCCGGAUGAUGUCGAGUUGAGGAAGUACUGAACCUCCCUCCCUCGCUCUCUCUUCUCCGCUUCCUUUUUUCCCCUCAGUUUGACCUCGGUCCCUGCAUACCCCCCUCGGAAGUUCACUCAGUCUCCUCCUUCUUUGCCCGUCCUCUCCGACCUGUGCUUUUCCACCAACCAGUACAGUUCAUUUCAGUCCAUGGGAAUACAGCGGAACCUCAAUGUACAAACGUAUUUGGUUCCUAGACUGGGUAGAUAAAUAGAAAAGUUCCUAUAUGCAUUCUAAAUAUUAAAUACAUUCAAUCAAAAAGUCUGCUUACAAUAAAGCCUAAGGGAGCCGCUCAAUUCUGCCUAUAAAGCAGUUAAAAACAUCCAAACACCUCCUUUAAGGUUUUAUAUACAUCAGGGGUGUCGAACUUCUUUUCAUCAAGGGCCACAUUGCAGUCAUAUAUAGUAGUAAAAGUAAUAAAAGUAUAAUCGUCUCAUUAUAUUAUUGCACAAUUGCCUAUGCAUUUGGUUAUUUAAUUUGUGUACGUACAAAUAGAUUGGAUAACUUGCUUUGAAAUCGUAAGUCCAGGUGACAAGCAGAUAUUUAAGUAUGUAUUGUCAUUUUUACAAACUAUAAUACGGUAUAUAAUAAUGAGGGUGCUAAAAAAAAUUUUUUAUCACAUAUGAAUCACGAUUCUUAUUCAUCACGAUUGAUUAAAUUAAUAAUAAAUAAAUAAAUUGUAAUUAUUAAAUUAAAUACUAAAUAUUUAAAUAUUAAAUUAUUAAAUUAAUUAUUAAAUAUUAAAUUAUUAAAUAUUAAAUAAAAACAUUUAAAUAAAUAAAAAAUUGAUUAAAUUAAAAUUGAUUAAAAAAAAUUCACAAAUCGCAUUUUUAAUAAAUAGGGUGCUAAAUAUUUUUUUUUAUCACAUAUAAAUCACGAUUCUUAUUCAUCUCGAUUGAUUGAAUUAAUAAUAAAUACAUUGUAAUUAUAAAAUUAAAUAUUAUAUAUUGAAAUAUUAAAUUAUUAAAUUAAAUUAUUAAAUAUUAAAUAUUAAAUUAAAAAUUAUAUAAAUAAUAAAUAGAUUCAAUUAAAAUUGAUUCAAACAAAUUCACAAAUCGCAUUUUUUUCUUCUUUUUUUUGACAAAUUAUCUAAAAAAAAAAAAACAUUAUACUUAUUUGGUGCACAUACGUGUCAUAACAUCAACAACCAAAAAUAUAUUUUGUAAGCUGUUUUGUUAAGGUGUUAUGUAAUUAUUAUUGUACCAAAUAAUACAUUGCAUAAAUCAGUUUUAAUCGAGAAUCGUGUUAAAUUGAGUAUCGAUUAUGAAUCAAAUCCUCACCCCAAGAAUCGUAAUAGAAUGGCUAACGUGCCCAAAGAUUCAGAAAUAACAAUUGAAUAUUUGUACAUAGAUCAAAGUUCAAAACAUGUGAAAUUUCCUUUUUUUCUGUCAAAAUGGAAAUAAUAAACAUUUGGUCAGAAAGAUGAAGUAUCCACAUUAUACCCAGGCUUUCGCGGGCCACAUUAAAUGACUUGUCGGGCCGGAUCUGACCCACCGGGCCUUGAGUUUGACCCGUGUGAUAUACAUGAUGUAAGUAUAUACUGUAUAUAACAGGCACAUUUAUAAUAUCAUUUAAUAUGUGCAUAUUUUUGAUCAUUUUUAAGUAUACACGGCGCAUUAAUUUAAAAAAUGCAUCACGACGUACGCUUAUUUUCCAACUCCAUCACUAAUUAUUACUCACUGCAAACUUUAUGAGAGCCAACAAACGUAGUAAAACAUCACUUACUGUACAAUGUCUGCUGUCAUUAGGAUGCCGACUGCUAGGAUGUUCAUAUAUUCCCAUUUAGAUGAAGAAUAACUCAUAAUUCUCGCAAAAAAGGGGGGUUGGAACCAAGUGUCUUUGUGUCGUCCUCACCAUUUUUGAGUCUAAAUUGUGCUGUCAAAGUCUACCAACUUGUCGGAAUACGUCCUCAGCCUUCUGCUGUCCGGGUGAGAGGCGUGAUUUAUGAUCUAGAAUAAACUUCCAGGGAGCAGGGAAGUGAGGAAACAGCUGAACACUGGAUGAUGAUCACGUUGCCGCUAUUAAUAGUCUGUCUGCGUUAGCACUUAUAAUAACAAUAUCACUAAUACUUGGUUAAUGUUCAAGUCACGAAAUGUAAAUGGAGUAUUGUUGGCGCCUUUUGGAUGUUUUUUAUUGGAUUUUAUGGCCGGAAUAGAGGACCACCCAUUGCCUCGGCUGUAGAAUGCAUUAAAAAAAAAAAAAUCCGUCAUGUCUUUCAUAAUGAUUGUGAACCAUAGGCAAAAUACCAAAAAAAGUGCAGUUUCCCUUUAAGUAAAAGCAUAUUUCUGUUCCAUUCAUAUCCAGUUUCUCCAUGGCGGUAUCGAUUCUAUGUCGACCAGUAAGCAGACCGCAGUUGGUAACCAAUGAAAGAGCACCAGUGCCGUUACCAACAAAUGUACAGUACAGGCCAAAGGUUUGGACACACCUUCUCAUUCAAUGCGUUUUCUUUAUUUUCAUGACUAUUUACAUUGUAGAUUGUCACUGAAGGCAUCAAAACUACGAAUGAACACAUGUGGAGUUAUGUACUUGACAAAAAAAGGUGAAAUAACUGAAAACAUAUUUUAUAUUAUAGUUUCUUCAAAAUAGCCACCCUUUGCUCUUGAUUACUGCUUUGCACACUCUUGGCAUUCUCUCCAUGAGCUUCAAGAGGUAGUCACCUGAAAUGGUUUCCACUUCACAUGUGUGCUUCAAGCUCAUCAAGAGAAUGCCAAAGGUGCGCGCAACAGUAAUCAUAGCAAAGGGUGGCUAUUUUGAAGAAACUAGAAUAUAAAACAUGUUUCAGUUAUUUCACCUUUUUUUGUUGUGUGUUCAUUCAUAGUUUUGUUGCCUUCAGUGACAAUCUACAAUUGAGGCGGCAUAGCUCGGUUAGUAGAGUGGCCGUGCCAGCAACUUGAGGGUUCCAGGUUCGAUCCCCGCUUCUGCCAACCUAGUCACUGCCGUUGUGUCCUUCGGUAAGACACUUUACCCACCUUCUCCCAGUGCCACCCACACUGGUUUGAAAAUGUAACUUAGAUAUUGGGUUUCACUAUGUAAAAGUGCUUUGAGCCACUAGAGAAAAGCGCUAUAUAAAUAAAAAUCACUUCAAUUUACCUUCUCAUUUAAUGCGUUUUCUUCAUUUUCAUGACUAUUUACAUUGUAGAUUGUCACUGAAGGCAUCAAAAGUACGAAUGAACACAUGUGGAGUUAUGUACUUAACAAAAAAAGGUGAAAUAACUAAAAACAUGUUAUAUAUUAUAGUUUCUUCAAAAUAGCCACCCUUUGCUCUUGAUUACUGCUUUGCACACUCUUGGCAUUCUCUCCAUGAGCUUCAAGAGGUAGUCACCUGCAAUGGUUUCCACUUCACAUGUGUGCUUCAAGCUCAUCAAGAGAAUGCCAAAAGUGUGCGCAACAGUAAUCAUAGCAAAGGGUGGCUAUUUUGAAGAAACUAGAAUAUAAAACAUGUUUCAGUUAUUUCACCUUUUUUUGUUGUGUGUUCAUUCAUAGUUUUGUUGCCUUCAGUGACAAUCUACAAUUGGGGCGGCAUAGCUCGGUUAGUAGAGUGGCCGUGCCAGCAACUUGAGGGUUCCAGGUUCGAUCCCCGCUUCUGCCAGCCUAGUCACUGCCGUUGUGUCCUUGGGCAAGACACUUUAGCCACCUGCUCCCAGUGCCACCCACACUGGUUUGAAAAUGUAACUUAAGAUAUUGGGUUUCACUAUGUAAAAGUGCUUUGAGCCACUAGAGAAAAGCGCUAUAUAAAUAAAAAUCACUUCAAUUUACCUUCUCAUUUAAUGCGUUUUCUUCAUUUUCAUGACUAUUUACAUUGUAGAUUGUCACUGAAGGCAUCAAAAGUACGAAUGAACACAUGUGGAGUUAUGUACUUAACAAAAAAAGGUGAAAUAACUAAAAACAUGUUAUAUAUUAUAGUUUCUUCAAAAUAGCCACCCUUUGCUCUUGAUUACUGCUUUGCACACUCUUGGCAUUCUCUCCAUUAACCUGCAAUGGUUUCCACUUCACAUGUGUGCUUCAAGCUCAUCAAGAGAAUGCCAAAAGUGUGCGCAACAGUAAUCAUAGCAAAGGGUGGCUAUUUUGAAGAAACUAGAAUACAAAACAUGUUUUCAGUUAUUUCACCUUUUUUGUUGUGUGUUCAUUCAUAGUUUUGUUGCCUUCAGUGACAAUCUACAAUUGGGGCGGUAUAGCUCGGUUAGUAGAGUGGCCGUGCCAGCAACUUGAGGGUUCCAGGUUCGAUCCCCGCUUCUGCCAACCUAGUCCCUGCCGUUGUGUCCUUCGGUAAGACACUUUACCCACCUGCUCCCAGUGCCACCCACACUGGUUUGAAAAUGUAACUUAGAUAUUGGGUUUCACUAUGUAAAAGUGCUUUGAGCCACUAGAGAAAAGAGCUAUAUAAACAUAAAUAUAAAUCACUUCACUUCACCUUCUCAUUCAAUGUGUUUUCUUAAUUUUCAUGACUAUUCACAUUGUAGAUUGUCACUGAAGGCAUCAAAACUACGAAUGAACUAAAAACAUGUUUUGUAUUCUAGUUUCUUCAAAAUAGCCACCCUUUGCUCUUGAUUACUGCUUUGCACACUCUUGGCAUUCUCUCCAUGAGCUUCAAGAGUCACCUGAAAUGGUUUUCACUUCACAGGUGUCAUAGUUUAGAUGCCUUCAGUGACAAUCUACAUUAUAAAUAGUCAUGAAAAUAAAGAAAAAGCAUAUAAACGAGAAGGUGUGGCCUGUAGUGUACAUCCAAACAGGAAGUUGAGAAUGCACAGAUGACAUCUUCAUAAAUAAGUUUAAAAAAAAAAAUUGUAUUACGGAAUUUUGGAAAACUGGGAAUUUUUCAAGUUCUUAAACCAACUGAAGACAUGUUUUAUAUUCUAGUUUCUUCAAAAUAGCCACCCUUUGCUCUUGAUUACUGCUUUGCACACUCUUGGCAUUCUCUCCAUGAGCUUCAAGAAGUAGUCACCUGAAAUGGUUCCCACUUCACAGGUGUGCCUGAAGCUCAUCGAGAGAAUACCAAGAGUGUGCAAAGCAGUAAUCAAGAGCAACGGGUGGCUAUUUUGAAGAAACUAGAAUAUAAAACAUGUUUUUAGUUAUUUUAGCUUUUUUUGUUAUGUGUUUAUUCAUAGUUUUGUUGCCUUCAGUGACAAUCCACAAUGUAAAUAGUCAUGAAAAUAAAGAAAACGCAUUGAAGGAGAAGGUGUGUCCUAACUUUUGGCCUGUACUGUGUAUGGUACCGUACAAAACUGAACUGUACUGCUUGGUGGAAACAAGGUCAUACAUUUCUCAUUAUCAUCUCCCCCGUACCUCCUUGUCCUCUCUUGUCAAUUUGGAAAGUUAGUAGGACAGAAGGAUUUGCAUCCUUAAGGCCAAAGUACUUAGAAGGAAAGAGUGGAUUAGAACAUGACUGACAGACUUAAAACAAUCCAACCCGACGUUCAUAUCAGGGGUUUAGUACAUAAUUCAACCCUUGUCUGUUUGCCUUCAGCAUUUCUAUGUUAAAGCCCUUUAUGACUUCCUGUUAUCAGCACAUGUAUAAAAAAAAAAUGUAUAGUUAACAAUAAGAAGUAAUUUAGAUGUUUUAAGCGAUAACUCGGAGUGAUUUUUCUCGGCUUCCGCACCCACGCUCUGCAAGAUAUCUCAGCGCCAAUAAGUGGCUUUGUACCGCUUGUUGAGUGUGAUUCAAUCCAAGGUCUGAAUAAAAGGCUUGUCCGGCUAA